CAUACAACUUGAAUUCAUCUCUUCAGAUUUAGCUUCAGAAAGAUUUCAAAUUUUCAUACAAAGAAUUAAUUUCAUAAAUGGCUUUUGUGAGAAGUCUAUUGGGAGCAAAGAAGAUUCUAGGCCGCUCCACCGCAGUAGCCUCGGCGGCACCAAAAGGAUUUCUUGCGGUGUACGUAGGAGAGAGUCAGAAGAAGAGAUAUUUGGUGCCAGUCUCAUACUUGAACCAGCCUGCUUUUCAAGCUCUCCUCAGCAAAUCCGAAGAAGAGUUUGGGUUCGAUCAUCCGAUGGGUGGCUUAACGAUCACUUGUCCUGAGGAUACCUUCAUUAAUGUGACAUCUCGGCUCCAAUGAUGAAUUGAUAAUGAUCCAACAUUUUGUUCUUCAGAGUUAGAAAAUAGACUUAUUCAUUGUAUAUAUUGAUUUUUUUUUUUACUCUUUCUUCUUGAAAGAGUUGUUUAUAAGAGUUCAGAGAUUGGAUUCCAAUUUUUAUG